AUGCGCUCCCAGCGGGUGCUGCAACGCACACGCAAACAAAAAAUGGAAUCAUCGUCGUGCGCAUCCGCGCCGAUCGCAGUCGAUGCCCAAGACGUCGUGGUGCCACCUGCGGUGGCGCAGGCGCGGGCGUGGCUCUCUCUGUAUGGCGCGUGUUGCACAGAAGAAGAGGUGGAGAUGCAUCCGGUGGUGCUUUCUCGUGUCCUGCAGGCGGUGGAGCUGGUGCAAAGCCGCUCUUGCCUUUCAUCAGGGAGCGAGGGCCCCCUCGCCGCCACGACUACGAAGCACACGUGCCGUAGCGGCGAGGGGGAUGCCGAGGCGGCGACCGCGAGGUCAUCGCCGACAGCGCUGCAUGAAGGCGAUGACAGUAAGAGGGGCAAAGGCGAGGCUGGACUGUCGAUCGAUUUUGGUGGUCUCUGGAUGCUCUUGUCGGAGUGGAUCGCGAUCCUGCGAAGUUUGGUAGCUACCGUGCCGCUGCACACUCUAUCGCUGCGCGACACGGCUCUUGGUGACGCUGGGCUGCGCUGCCUUUGUCGACAAGUGGCCACCACUUCCGUAAAGCCAGCGUCCCUUGAGGUAGCUAGCAGAUGCGAAGCCUGUAGCUUUCAUCUACUGGGGCUGUCAACGCUGGCCGCUCCGCCCUCGUGCCCGCCCACCAUCCCUGGAUCGUGGGCAGCGAGCACGCUGCGGUUACUAGACCUCAGCGGCGCUGCGCUCACAGACGGCGGACCUCUGGCGUCGCUGCUUGCAUCAUGCCCACAGCUGCAUUCCCUCAAUUUAUCGGAUAACAGUUUGGGCUCACGUGACGCUGGACUUGCGUUGCUCUGCGCCGCGCUGCAGGUGCAUCCUUCGCUGGAGGUGCUGAGCUUGCGUCGCAACUGCAUCAGCGGCAGUCGCAACGGGCCAGCGAUAGCCGCUCUUGCCGAGCUUAUUGUCGCACGGUCUGUUGAGGGAUCCCGCACUCUCUCGAAAGCGUGCGGUUACGGAUCGGCGCUCUGUAGACAACAAACACCAGCAGCCGCGGCCGUGGCCGCACAGCCGCUGCGGCGACUAGACCUCUCCCACAACCUACUGGGCACCUACUUUCUUCUCUCGGAUGCGACGAUGACUCACCGCGCGGAGGCGGGACGUCCGAGUGCGGCUCGCGAGUACGACAUGGCAUCCUCGUCUGGCCGCCACGUUGGCGUCCACGAGGCUGUAGCGUCUUUCCCUCUUGUCGCGGCACUUUACCUGAACAACACGCUGAUAGAGCUGAACUUGCACAACAACGGCUUGCCGGGUGCCUUGCUGGAGUAUGUGGAGGCGAAGCUGCACGUCAACCAGCGCACCACAGGCGGCGGCGCCGACUUCUCGAAAACCGUGUCCACUGAGAUCAUCGCAUCGACCACUGUGCGACAGGUACUCAUUCACCGGCUGCGCUGCACUCUUGAUCACAUCCUUGCUGGGACGGCGAAUGCAUCGGGGAUGGUGGGGGCCACACACACUGAACGAGGGGACGCUCCCCCAACGGAGGUCCCCGCAGAAAGCCAGUCGUCUGUUCUUUCUGCAGCGGAGCGCCGAUGGACCACCGGCGAGGUGUCGGAGCUCGUGCAGCGCCUUGUCUACAAUGUCGCAUCUGACCUCUCCUUGUUCUGA